GCAAAUUCUACUUCUUUCUAAAAAUCAUCAAAUUUUAUUGUUGUUAUGUUUCCUACUUUGAGUUCCAAUUAAACAUCCGAAAAUAUCUUUUUUUAUGGAUAUUGGUAAGAACUAAUGAUUUAUAAUCUAAUGUGUACUUAAAGAGUGUAUCUGGCUCCCCUGCUAUAUAGACUCGAUGACAGUUGUUAAAAGUAUGUGGUUAAAAGUAACGAUGACAAGGGGUAAUCAUGGUAGUCAACCCUUGGAAUAUUAUAUGAGUUACCCCAGGCGAGGAUAAGAAAGUAGCUGCGAUGAUUGUAACCCGCUUCAAGAGUGAUAAUGAAAACGUCAUUGUACAAAGUGGCAUUUCCAGGCGUUGAACCACAACUAGAAAAAAUUCUAGAAAUAUAACGAAAAUAAUGGAGUUUACAAUGCGACUAAGAAAAAUUCCCUCGCGGACGAAAAACGACGAAAUUAUAGCGACCAAUAACAAAAGUUCGAAAAAGAGGAAAAAAAGUUCCAGUUUUGUGUGUAGGAGGUGCGUGUGCAGUGGGUUCCAGACUAGCGUGUUUGAUUUUCCGCCAGUAUGGUCAGAAUUCAGGAAGAAAUCACAAUUAUGCGAUGGUCUUGUCAAGUGCGAGGACGGUACGGAAUUUAAAAUACACAGAGCCAUACUGGCUGCCGUCAGUCCUUACUUUAAAGCCUUGUUUACGAAUUCGAUUAACAGAGAUCAAAAGGAAGCCAACGAGGCUAGAAUCAGUAUACCGGCCGAUAUGUUUCAGAUCGUUUUAGAUUACGCAUAUACAGGAUCGUGCAACAUAACGAAAUCCAACGUAAAGGACCUUUUGAAAUACGCCGAUCAAUACCAAAUACUGGACGUAGUUCAACUUUGUUGUAAUUUUUUGAUGGAUGAAUUAUGCCCGGCCAAUUGUUUGGAAAUACUCAAAUUUGCCAGUCAAUAUUUUUGCAAGGACUUGAUAGAGAAGGGGAAGCUUUACAUUAGACAUAACUUUCCUAGGUUAUUAAAAGAUAGUUAUGAAUUUUACAAUAUACCGUCUCAUCACUUGGAAGCCAUUUUGAAAGACGAUGAGCUGAAUGUUAAAACUGAAGAAACGGUGUUUGAUGCUGUCAAAAUGUGGAUAUGUUAUUCGCCUCUCAAAAGAAAGGUUCAUUUGUCCAAUUUGGUUAAAUGUAUUAGGUUGGGUACGCUGACUUAUGACAGCGUCCUGGAAAUAUCCAGGUGGCACCUCAUCGACGAAAACGCCGAAUGCAAGGAGUACCUACAAGACGUGCUGGCCGUUCUAGGAGGAUUAAAUCAGGACGACGACGUGGAUUACAUACACAACUACCUAUUUAGGCCGCGAAUACCGUUCACCGUUGUGUUCGCGGUAGGAGGAUGGAGCGCGGGAAGCCCGACGAACUUUUUGGAAACUUACGAUAGCAGAGCUGACAAAUGGUUGUUUUCUUGCGAUACGGAUUCGUCUCCGAGAGCUUAUCACGGGCUAUGUAAUUUAAAUGGACUCAUUUAUAUGAUAGGUGGAUUUGACGGCAACGAGUACUUCAACACCGUCAAAUGUUUCGAUCCAGUUCAUCACAAAUGGAGCGAACGAUCGUGCAUGUACUAUCCGAGGUGCUAUGUCAGCGUGGUGGUCCAUCAUGGUAAAAUAUACGCCAUGGGCGGUUAUAACGGUAGAACCAGGAUGAAUUCAGCUGAAAAAUACGAUCCCGAAAAGAACCAGUGGGAACUGAUACCGCCAAUGCAGAAACAGAGAUCAGAUGCUAGCGCUGGCACUGUCCAAGACAAGAUCUAUAUCGUUGGAGGCUUCAAUGGUCAAGAGGUCAUGAACUCCGCCGAAGUGUACGACACGGUGACCAGACAAUGGUCCUUUAUAUCACAAAUGAACUCCGCCCGUUCGGGAGUCUCUCUGGUAUCAUUCCACAACACCUUGUACGCCAUCGGUGGAUUCAACGGCUACACCAGACUGGCUAGCGGAGAAAAAUACACGCCAGACGUUUCGGACGGUUGGACGUCCAUCUCCGAUAUGCUGACGCCGAGAAGUAACUUCGCCACCGUCAUUUUGGACGAUUAUAUUUUUGUGAUUGGGGGAUUCAAUGACAGAUUUGUGUCAGGUUCGACAACGAUAAACUACGUGGAAUACUUCGAUACGGAAUCGAACGAAUGGUUCGAUGCGGCAUCGAUGAACGUGAGCAGAUCAGCGCUGAGCGCGUGCGUGGUGCACGGGUUGCCUAACGCUAAGGAGUACACUUACCUGAGGGCCAGUAUCUCGCCCCUUGGACCGGGGGCCGAUUGUGGGAACAACCGAUGACGGAUGAAUUUUGUUUUAAUUUCAAUUUUAUGUGGUCUACGCCUUUUUAUCUAUACACAUUCUUUUACUGGUUUAUUUCAUGCUGAUGAAAUUUUGUCGCUGUUGACAAUAAAGUAAUUUGAAGUUGGG